AUGGCAGCGAUGGGGCUGGGAGCUUCGGCAGCCGGGGCCAGGACUGUGGCCCCUCCACACCCAGCCCUGGACCCUGGAGCCAGCCUGCAUGCCUACGACAUCGGGGUCCUGGUCGUCUACUUCGUCUUCGUCAUCGCUGUGGGGAUCUGGUCUUCCAUCCGCGCAAGCCGGGGCACCAUCGGCGGCUACUUCCUGGCAGGGAAGUCCAUGAGCUGGUGGCCGAUUGGAGCAUCUCUGAUGUCCAGCAACGUGGGCAGUGGCUUGUUCAUGGGCCUGGCUGGGACAGGAGCUGCUGGAGGCCUUGCUGUGGGUGGCUUUGAGUGGAACGAGGCCAAGGCCGGAGGAGGCAGGGGCUGUCAUCAGCAGUCACCAGGUCGUCUUCUCCCCCUCUCCCAGGCAACCUGGUUGCUCCUUGCUCUCGGCUGGAUCUUUGUCCCUGUUUACAUCGCAGCUGGGGUGGUCACCAUGCCUCAGUACUUGCAGAAGAGAUUCGGGGGCCAGAGGAUCCAGGUGUACAUGUCUGUCCUGUCUCUCAUCCUCUAUAUCUUCACCAAGAUUUCAACUGACAUCUUUUCUGGAGCUCUCUUCAUCCAGAUGGCCCUGGGCUGGAACCUGUAUGUCUCCACAGUGACCUUGCUGGUGGUGACAGCCGUGUACACCAUCACAGGGGGCCUGACGGCCGUCAUCUACACAGAUGCUCUGCAGACGUUGAUCAUGGUGGGGGGAGCCCUGGUCCUCAUGUUUCUGGGUUUUCAGGAGGUGGGCUGGUUCCCAGGCCUGGAGCAGCGGUACAGGCAGGCCAUCCCGAGUGUCACAGUCCCCAACACCACCUGCCACCUCCCCAGGGCUGACGCCUUCCACAUGUUCCGGGACCCCGUGAGCGGGGACAUCCCCUGGCCGGGGCUCAUCUUUGGGCUCACGGUGCUGGCCACGUGGUGCUGGUGCACUGACCAGGUCAUCGUGCAGAGGUCUCUCUCCGCCAAGAGUCUGUCCCACGCCAAGGGAGGCUCCGUGCUGGGGGGCUACCUCAAGCUCCUGCCCAUGUUCUUCAUCGUCAUGCCGGGCAUGAUCAGCCGGGCCCUGUACCCAGAUGAGGUGGGCUGUGUGGACCCUGACGUCUGCCAGAGGACCUGCGGGGCCCGCGUGGGCUGCUCCAACAUCGCCUACCCCAAGCUGAUAAUGACUCUCAUGCCUGUCGGUCUGCGGGGCCUGAUGAUCGCCGUCAUCAUGGCCGCCCUCAUGAGCUCCCUCACCUCCAUCUUCAACAGCAGCAGCACCCUGUUCACCAUCGACGUGUGGCAGCGCUUCCGCAGGAAGGCGACAGAGCAGGAGCUGAUGGUGGUGGGCAGAGUGUUCAUCGUGCUCCUGGUCAUCGUCAGCAUCCUCUGGAUCCCCAUCAUCCAGAGCUCCAACAGCGGGCAGCUCUUCGACUACAUCCAGUCUAUCACCAGUUACCUGGCCCCGCCCAUCACCGCCCUCUUCCUGCUCGCCAUCUUCUGCACGAGGGUCACAGAGCCUGGAGCCUUCUGGGGCCUCCUGUUUGGCCUGGCAGUAGGGCUGGUGCGCAUGGUCUUGGAGUUCUCAUACCCAGCCCCUGCCUGUGGGGAGGUGGAUCACAGGCCAGCUGUGCUGAAGGACGUCCACUACCUCUACUUUGCGCUCCUCCUCUGUGGACUCACUGCUCUCGUCAUCAUCCUGGUCAGCCUCUGUACAGCCCCCAUCCCUAAGGAAAAGCUCGCUCGCCUGACAUGGUGGACACGGAACUGGCCUCGCUCUGAGCUGGAGAAGGAGGCCCCUGAGCAGACACCAGGGGUAUCAGAGGCGCCUUCUGGGGAGCCCCCUACAGGAGGCACAGUGGCAGCGAACCCUGAGCAGCCGAGAGCCCCACACAGGUCCUGGAAGAAGCUGCUCUGGGGCUGGUUCUGCGGGAUCUCCGGGGCCCCGGAGCCGGUGCUGAGCCCAGCAGAGAAGGCCGCGCUCCAGCAGAAGCUGACCAGCAUCGAAGAGCAGCCGCUCUGGAGGACUGUGUGCAACCUCAAUGCCCUCCUCCUGCUGGCCAUCAACAUCUUCCUCUGGGGCUACUUCGCGUGACUCCGCAGACCCGGGUG